GGUCACGACUCUAUCGAAGUGAGCGACUCGACCGAUUGGCUCCCGACACCGCUCCCCGGCCUCGCCUCCGUCGAAUCUGCCCUGCGAUGCCAAGUCUGUAAGGAUUUCUAUAAGACGCCUAUGCUCACGUCGUGCAAUCACACAUUUUGUUCGUUAUGCAUUCGCCGUGCGCUGUCCGCUGACGGCAAAUGUCCGCUCUGCCGAGCCAACGAGCAAGAGAUCAGGCUGCGAAGUAAUUGGUCUAUGGAGGAGGUUGUGUGUGCAUUCGUACAGACGAGGCCAACCCUCCUUGAGUUGGCGCAGAAUCCACCCACCGUUGUGGUGCAGAGUGCUGAGUUGCCUAAGCGGAGCCUGAGCCAUGACUUUGCAGAGGACCCCAGGGAACCGAAGCGCUUGAGGAGCUCUGCGAGGCUGAGUGCGUCGAAAGGAGCCCACGCCACGGCAGAAAUGGCGAGACAAGAAGCAUAUAUACAUGUGCCGGAACAGGAAGAGGUGGACCUUGACGACGGCCUAGUCGCAUGUCCUAUCUGUCUAGCCAGAAUGAAGGAGGUACAAGUCGACCGGCAUCUCGACAAAUCAUGUCCAGGCUCGCCGCAACCAGAGUUCUUACGGAGACCAACUUCGAAAGAUCACUCUGCUCUUACAAACGGCUACAAUUCUGUUGUAAAGCAAUCAACACCAACAAAGCGGCCCGAUCGCUUACCAGCGAUCAACUAUUCCAGCUUUAAAGAGGCGCCGCUCCGAAAGAAGCUCUCCGAACUCGGUAUCUCGACUGCUGGAGACCGAAAGAUGCUAGAAAGAAGGCAUAGGGAGUGGAUGACGAUCUGGAACGCCAAUUGUGAUGCGCUACAACCAAAGAAGAAGACCGAUCUUCUCCACGAUCUAAAUGCGUGGGAAAAUACCCAAGGGAGCCGGGCACCGACUGCUUCACGGUCUGUUAAUUUAGGUGUACAGAUCAAGGAUAAGGAUUUUGACCAACAGGCCUGGUCAACAAAACACGACUCAUCAUUCAAGGACCUAAUCGCUAAUGCGAGAAAG